GAUCAGAGAUUCAACAAUACCGCGUUAGCUGUUACUAUUCCCUGAAUAUUCCCGGAAAGAAACAAAAAGUUAUCUGCAUUUUAUAAAAUCUGGUGGAAGUAUGGCAGACAAAGGAGCUGGAAAAGUCGUCUUCGUAGGGAACAUUCCCUACGAUCAAUCAGAGGAGCAGAUCAUGGAUGUGUUCCAGUCGGUUGGUCCUGUUGCAAACUUCAGAUUCGUGUUUGAUAAAGAGACUGGGCGGCCAAAAGGGUUUGGAUUUGUUGAAUAUCAUGACAGUGAAACUGCUGCAUCAGCUGUCCGGAAUCUAAACAACUACGAACUGAACAAUCGAGCCCUUCGUGUCGACUUUUCACACGAAACAUCGAUUGGACCCAAUGUUCUCACAAGCGGAAACAAAGAAUCAUUAAUUUCCUCUCUGCCAACUGGAACACCACCACCUCCAAACCUUUCAACUCCCGACGCCAUCUCGCAGACUCUCUCAGCAUUCACACCCCCUCAGAUGCUCAACAUCCUGCAAGAGCUCAAGAGCGCUGCCACACAGAACCCCGCUAAGCUGCGCGAGCUGCUAAAGUCGUCACCACAACUUUCGUACGCGGUCGUGCAGAGCAUGUUGCUCAUGGGCCUCGUGGACGCGAGCGCGGUCGCAUCGGCGGUCGACGCUACGCAACUUGCUGCGCAGAAACAGCAGCAACAGCAACGACUACUCCAACAACAGCAGCAGCAACAGAUACAACCAGAGUACGCCGCCGCACCCGCCAGAUCAACAAACAGCCCGGCUCCGGGCAUCGCGAUCCCAUCUCACAUCGACCCGCAGAAGGCGGCGCUGAUCAAACAGGUUAUAGAGUUGAGCGACGAGCAGAUUGCGAAUCUGCCGGAUGCGCAGCGCGCGGUGCUUAUUGCCUUGCGGGAGAAGAUCAGACGGGGAGAGUUUGAUUUGGUUUGAAAUUAUUACUGUGUUGUCGGUCGCAAGUCUGCUGCAUUUCUUUUGUAUCAUAGCUAGUCACUACUGGUUCAUCCUGUAUUUGUAUCCUCGUGUUUAGAUGAAGCUGUUGGUGAUUAUAAUUAGGGAUUAAUAUAUGGUGAUUGAAAGACUUUAAAAAUUC